AUGAAUCGAAAACCAACAGAGAGUUUGUUGAAAGAAUGGGCAGAGCAUGUUGUUGCCAUGUGUCCUGGAACAACUUUUUCUAAUGCACUUGUGGAUUUAUCAAAAACUGGGAGUUUGGAACAAACUAUCAAUCGGAUAUUCGACGGACAGUUUUUAGAAGGUACCGAGCGAGAUCCGAGUUUAGUCACCAUAAAGCAUUAUAUGGCUCAGUCGGAUGAUUUACAUCAAACUCCAAGGCAAUGUCAUUCAACCGACUGUUUGGAUGCAAUAUUGAUUUCAGACACUCCAUAUCCAAAUUCGCCUACUAGAAAGAACUCUCAGAAACAGCCAAUCAAUUACUCAAAAUUGGCCGAUUUAGCUCAAAGUAUGAUGAAUGAUCAGGAUCUUGUUCAGAAUUCGGUUCUUAUACCUUCCAAACGACCAGAAAAAAUAGCUGCUGAGAAAUCUGGAUUGCUUCAGAAUCUAGGACCAACCUCACCACGCUCCAGCCAACUAAUCAACCCAACACCUUACGCUUUGACAUCACCCCAACUUGUUCAGCACAUCAUAUCGCUUGACUCUAGCGAUCCAGACAUUAUCAACACGCACCUCCUAACUCAAGAUACAUAUCACAGCAGCGACUGCUUUGAAGAAGAGUGCAAUGCGAUAACUCCAAAAGCACCUCCAAAACAAAGACACGUCUUUGCUGACCUAGAAUUUGAGUCGAGUCGAGCCGUUUACAAAAAUCUAAAAACUGACUUGGCUUUGAUACCUAUUGCACACAUGUCACCAAAAUUAGAAAGUGAAAUGACAGACAUGUCGAGUCCACCGCGGAUCAUUUCUAAAGAACAUCUCACAUUAAAAUCACUAAAAGAAAAUAGAUCAACGGGACUAAAGUCUUCAAACAGUAUGUCUGAUGAAACAACAUUACAGAAAAAGGAAACAGAAAAGCAGGCAAAACAAGCUGAGCGAGAGCGUAGAAAAACAGAAAAACAACAACUCAAGGAAGCUGCUGAAAUAGAAAGGCGCAUUCUCAAGCAAGUGCAGUCAUCAAAUAAGCUUCGUGGAAAGGCAGACUGUAUUACUGAAAUUAUUGUUGAAUUCUCUUCCGAAUGGGAGACCAGCAGUUUAGGAAAGUUUUGUAUUGACGCGAUCCAGCAAUGUGGUGCGCAUUCAAGAAUAGUUGAUGCUACAGUUUCAGGAAAAAUCAUCACAUGGAGACGCAAAACAAAUCGUACUUGGAAUGAGGAUUUAUCAUUAUGGGAUGUGCGUCCUACCUAUAUUAGUACGGAGCCAUAUGUACUGGUACUACUAACCGGAAAGCAGCUGGCUGAACUAUGCAUUACUACGGCACUAUUGAGGCAUUUUGAGUCUUUGAUGACAAGUUACCCUGGAUCACAUAUCAUUUAUCUGAUUGAAGAUUUGGAUGCAUUUUACAAACAACGUGAAAAAAGUCAUCAGGCUCAUUAUACCCGUCAAAUCCGUUCUGCAUUAAUUGAGGCCAACAAAAGCAGAGCUGCGAUUGCUAGCACAUGCAAUCAAAAUGGAGAAUUAAUAGGCUUGAAUGAUUUAUCUAGUAAUCAACCUCCACUGUCUCAGAAUCGCAUGCAUUCACCCAUUGAUGACGGCUUACCUUGCCGAAAAGUAGUAGAUGAGUUUUUGGUUCGUCUUCAAUUUACUACCAAAGGAAGAUGCUAUGUUCAUUCUACAAAGUCUGCAGAAACAGCAUCAUGGAUCGUAAGCUAUACUGAACAGAUUGCAUUUGCUCCUGAACAACGACACCGAAGCAUGACAUCACUUAAUAUGAAUUUUGGAGAUAAAGUCAAGACUGGAAAGAGCGCAAGCGAUUCGUGGCAAAAAGCACUGGAGCAGAUUCCGCAAGUUACUAGUGCAAAGGCAGCAGCAAUAUGUGAAAAAUAUCCCACUUUUUCCAAGCUAAUGCAAGCAUAUGCCGCGUGUGAUUCAAAACAAAAAGCAGAAUCAUUGUUGGUAGGAAUCAAGGCGUCCGGUACUGGACAUGCCAUUGGGCUAUCGUUGUCAAAGCAAGUGAGUGCUGUAUUUUGUUGUACAGAUGGCUCGGAAUUGAUGAAAUAA